UCUCACUCUCAGGCUAGGGAUAGGGUUUCUUCCCAGAUGGAGAGCGUAAUUUGGCUCGUCAACCGUUUGCAGAGAGCUUGUACGGUCCUUGGGGACCACGGCGAUGAUCGCAAUUUGCCAACGCUUUGGGACGCUCUUCCCACCAUCAUCGUCGUCGGAGGACAGAGUUCUGGAAAGUCUUCUGUGUUGGAGAGCAUCGUUGGGCGUGAUUUUCUGCCCAGAGGAUCAGGGAUUGUGACGAGGAGGCCGUUGGUAUUGCAGCUUAACAAGACAGAGCAAGGGCAGGAGGACUACGCACAGUUUCUUCACACUGGAAAUAAAAAGUUCACCGAUUUCUUUGGAUCUAAUCUUCUGUCUCUAUGGUUUUCUUACCAAGCUAUGGUGCGGUCAGAAAUCCAGGCCGAAACUGACAGGGUAACUGGGAGGACAAAGCAGAUUUCUUCACUUCCUAUUAAUCUUAGUAUCUACUCCCCAAAUGUUGUUAAUUUGACACUGAUAGAUUUACCCGGUUUAACAAAGGUUGCUGUAGAGGGACAGCCAGAGAAUAUUGUUCAAGAAAUUGAAAGCACGGUUCGUUCCUACAUACAGAAGCCGAAUUGCAUCAUUUUAGCCAUAACUCCAGCAAAUCAAGAUAUUGCAACAUCUGAUGCUAUUAAACUUGCUCGAGAAGUUGAUCCAACAGGUGAACGGACAUUUGGCGUGCUGACAAAGCUUGAUCUCAUGGAUAGGGGAACAAAUGCGUUGGACGUUCUCGAAGGAAGAUCUUAUCGAUUGCAACAUCCUUGGGUUGGAAUUGUGAAUCGUUCACAGGCUGAUAUAAAUAGAAACAUUGACAUGAUUGCUGCACGGCGUAAGGAGCGGGAAUUUUUUGCCACCAGUUCUGAGUAUGGGCACUUAGCCAGCAGAAUGGGUUCUGAAUAUCUUGCAAAACUGCUUUCAAAGAAUCUGGAGUCUGUAAUUAAGGCUCGAAUACCGGGUCUUGUGUCUUUGAUUAACAAAAACAUUGAUGAUCUUGAAGCAGAGCUUGACCACCUUGGUAGGCCUUUGGCUCUUGAUGCAGGGGCCCAGUUAUACACCAUUUUAGAGCUCUGCCGUGCAUUUGACCAUAUAUUUAAGGAGCAUCUUGAUGGAGGGCGACCUGGAGGAGAUCGAAUUUAUGGUGUUUUUGACUACCAGCUCCCUGUUGCUCUAAGGAAGCUUCCAUUUGAUCGUUAUCUUUCACUGCAAAAUGUGAGGAAAGCCGUCUCUGAGGCAGAUGGAUACCAACCUCAUCUGAUUGCACCCGAACAAGGUUACCGACGCCUAAUUGAAGGUGCCCUUAAUUAUUUUAGAGGCCCAGCUGAAGCUUCAGUAGAUGCAGUCCACUUCAUUCUGAAGGAACUUGUGAGAAAGUCAAUCGUAGAAACUCAGGAGUUGAGGCGUUUUCCAACUCUUCAAGCCGACAUAGCAGCGGCUGCCAAUGAAGCAUUAGAGAGGUUCCGUGAUGACAGUAGGAAAACUGUGUUACGGAUGGUGGACAUGGAAUGCUCAUACAUUACUGUUGAUUUCUUCCGGAAACUUCCCCAGGAAGUGGAGAAGGGUGGAAAUCCUACUGCUUCUACUGCAGAUCGCUACACAGAAGGUCACUUCCGGAGGAUAGGUUCAAAUGUUUUAUCUUAUGUUGUGAUGGUGUCCGAGACACUCAGGUACACCAUUCCAAAAGCCGUGGUUUAUUGUCAAGUUCGUGAGGCUAAGCAAUCUUUACUAGAUCACUUUUAUACCCACUUGGGCAAAAAGGAGGGCCAGCAGCUUGCACAUUUACUGGAUGAAGAUCCAGCGUUACUGGAGAGAAGGCAGCAAUGUACAAGGAGGCUUGAGUUGUACAAGUCUGCAAGGGAUGAAAUUGAUUCAGAGUUGUGGGCAAGAUGAGUAUCGACUUUUGUGUAGAGAUACUUCUGUUACAGAUCUUCCUUGUGGUAUAUUGGAUUUAGACUUUUAAGUUUGAUUGGUGGCACUCAGCUGCCUAGGUUGGCAUUCUAUUUGAUAUUUCUUUCGAUGCUGACACUUUAUUGCAAAAGGCUCGGUCUUAGUUCCACAAGGUUGCAAUCAAGCCACCACGUGGAUUAUGUAGUCUGGGCGGGUUGUCCUUCUCGAGGAGUGGAUGGGGACAUAGAGAAAUUUUAAUUUUGACACAACAUGAUGACUUACAA